CCUGUACAUGUGGCUUCGGCGAGCAAUGAUUGCCCACAAACUAUUCCACCGAAUCCCAAGUGGACUCCUGUGUUUCAAGACGUCACUGCAAAAGCGGACAAUCAGCUUUUUUUCGCAGUUCUCGAGGGCGCCAACUGGUUGUCGCUGCCUAGGCAACCAGCUAAACGCAGUAAUCCAGAUUCAAUGUCGUAUGCGUCUGGUCGGCGCGGUCAACAGGAUUCGGAAGCGGGCAAAUUGAUGCCACUUCAGCCCGCAGCCACUGGUGCGAGAGGGCCGUUUGGCAGAUUUGACUUUCCUCGCAAGUCAAAUGGAAAUGGGGUCACUAAGGGAAAGUUGCAUCUUCAACUUCAAUGGACGACGUUACUAGUACCAUGA